AUGGAAGACAGCGAUCAAGACGACAUUUUUGCCAGCCCCAGCCGGAAGCGAGGUUCUGAUAAUGGAUCAUCACAGAGCAAUGGGAGUAGUAGCCAGAAGAAGAAGAAGGCCAAGAGAACAAACGAUGUGGUGGUGGUGAAGGAAGAAGAUAGUUUCCGAAGUUUGGCCAUGAACCUGCCAGUUGCUUCCUUCUCUACCACAACCGGAACCACCACCACCACCACCACCACUGGAAAGAAGAAGAAGCAACAACUGCAACAAACGGAAAGGACUUCGCCUACAGAAGAGAUUGACUUGAGCAGUUCUAGUGGUGGAUUCAGAAGCUUGGCCUCCAGUCUCCCAGUGGCUUCCUUCUCCACCAUGGGAGGAGGAAGUACCAAGAGUACUAAUGGAAUCAAGAAGGAAGAAGCGCCCUCCCCUGCACCAACCACCAAAACUGUAGAAAGCGCCCCCAACAGCACGGGAAAGAAAAAGAAGAAAAAGAAACAACUACCUCUUCCAAAUUCCACAGAAACUGGCAAGAAAUGGACCAAGGCGGUUGUCAAAUGCCGAGAACAUGAUCGUUAUGCCCCCUCUUUUGACUUUGCCGCCUGUAAGGAAAGAUGCAUUGAAGCUGGAGUUACAGCCGAGUGGAUCAAGGCAAAACCCUUUGGUAAAUGGUGCUCUGGGAAUCCACAAGUCAUUGCCAUUGAUUGUGAAAUGUGCGAAACCACCGAUCCAGAGUCCGGAUCAAGAAAUACCAAGGCCUUGUGCCGUUUGAGUGUCAUCAAUGCGGAACGACCAGAUGAAGUGAUUUUAGAUACUCUGGUAAAGCCAAGCUGGCCAGUGAGUGACUACCGAACGAAAAUCAAUGGGAUUUCCAAAGAGAAAUUGGAAGGUGUAGAGUUCACUCUCGGUCAUGCACAGUCGUUCAUGAUGUCUCUUUGUAGCGACGAGACUGUGAUUAUUGGACAUGCCGUCCAUAACGAUCUGGUGACGUUGCAUAUGGAACACCACUGUGUUGUCGAUUCCUCCCUUCUAUUCCGCGCCAAGGACUCGCCGACUUCCAGUGCCAGUCUCAAAGACUUGGUAUCAGGCAUUUUCAAAGAAAAGAUGCCGGCCAUACAUGACAGUGUGAAUGAUGCCAGAAAAGCGCUUGAUUGUGCACUUCACUGGGUCAAGAAUGAUGGAAAGGUUGCCGAUAUUCAGCGGAGCACCAACAAUGCAAGGGCUGCCCAACUAUUUGUGCACCGAGUUCCUAAACACUGCAAGGCUGACCAUUUCAUUUCCAUGUUCCAGAAUCAUACCAGCAUUGUUCCAGACGAAGUUGAUGAGAUUGACUUUAAUGGUGAUACUGGAAGGACCCAUGUCACCUUCAAGUCGUAUCAACAUGCCAACCUGGCCUUCAAUACACUGGAAGGCGCUUCCGAAGGGGACAAGUCUGGUAGGUUGCAAAAGAAGGUCUAUCUCAAGGGUGGUGGUUACGUACGUAUUCGAAAGAUGGUACACGAAAGAAGCAGCGAGACUCCGGACAAACAACGAUCGACACCAGAUGAUUCAUAG